AUGCCUUAUUCGUGGACAUUCUAUGCAUUAAAUGAGUUUAUUGACAUUAUUAAGUAUAUCGAUGUAUUGGAAGAAUUGUUUGGCACAACUAUAACAUACUAUGUACAUAAUUUACAGAAAGGUCCAGAUGACAGCGAUGAUGCUAAUCGUUUUAAGAAGAUUGAAUUACACUUUGAAUUUGAAGACUCUCAAUCCAAAGUUAUUAUAAUUGGUAAUGAUUCACUGGAUGUACCUGCAAUUUUAAGUCAUUCUGGAGACCAUGAUAAUUCAGGCAAGAUUUUGAUCGAUUGGUUCAAGUCGGAAAUAGAUGUUAUUAUAUGGCAAUUGAAGAUAAAUAAGAAAUUGAUGAUUCAAUUGGCAGAUUCGGUUAUUGAAAAUGAUAUUACUGAGACAGAUUUAUCAAAUAGAAACUGGUAUCUAACAAAAUUUGUAUUUGAUGUUACAACAACAGUUGAUAAUAAUUUACAAAAAAUGGAAUUUGAAAUUUCAAAGGAUAGUUGUCAAAAAUUGGGAAAGAAUGCUAAACAUCCGUACAGUGAAGCUAUAAUCCCUUAUAUAUAUGAGAAUACGGGAUUAGAUACAAUAAAAUUGCCAUUGUCAUCAAUAAGCUUUACCAAUUCCUGUAAAAUCACAGAAAGUAACAUAAUUACCAUUCCGUUUUCAAUAAAAUCAAAUCUUUUGAUUACAUUUCUGUUAGAGACUCAACCAAAUAAUAGCAAAAGUUGA